AUGGACGAUGAUUCGCACGACGCUCGGGACGUCAUCGACGCCACCGACGAGGUCUUCGUGAAGGCUCCGCCGUCGGACGACCCGGCGAGUGCCCUGCAGGUGGACGCGGUCCCGUACCGCGCGGCCCUGCACGCCUGGGCGGAAGGCCUGCGCGCCGAGGCCGGGCUGCGCGCGCUCUCGGUGGACUUGUACCGCCGCCGGCGCGCCCUCGACCACCGGAGCAUAGCCCUCGAGUUCGCACAGCGGCGCAAGGUGGCGGUGGGCCUGGAGGAGGACGAGCUGUGCCAGUCGGUGCAGGCCGCCAUGGACACCCAGGUGAUCGGCUCGUGCGCCUACUGCGGCUGCAACUUCUCCGUCGUGGCCGCCGUGGACGUGGCGGGCAUGGGCAUGGUCUGCGGCGUCUGUGGCCGGCUGCUCCGAGUGUACAAUCCGGUGCCGCUGGUCCGCGAUCCCCCGGCGGACGCGGAGGAGAGGUGGAAGGGCUGGCUGCCAUGGUAUCAUGGACCGGCUGAGCCUAUGGCGAGGGCACGGGAUCCAUGGUCGAACAUCCCUGUGGAUCUUGCGGGCCUCGUUCUCAAGCGGCUUCCCACCCACGUCGACCGCAUCCGCUUCGCAGCCGUGUGCCCCCAGUGGCGCUCCGCUGCUCGGCAGGUCCGGCUGCCCCCUCCACUGCCGCUGCUCGCUCUCAAGGCCGGGGACAUCUUCUACAGCAUGCCCCGGGGUGAGCCACUCCACUUUGCUGGCUGCAACGGCUUUGACACAGCUUGUGGUAACUGGCUGGUGUACCGGCGCGUCUGCGACUUGCUCUUGGUGGAUCCCUUCUCUGGUGCCACCAUGACCCUUCCUGUACAAUCUAGCGUUCAUAUCGCCGACGAAGACGAGGGUGAGGAUUCCAGGGACGGUCAUGAUUCCGCAGGCGAUGGUGAGGAUUCUGAAGGUGGCCAUGAUUCUGCAGACGAUGGUGAUGAUUCUGAGGAUGGUUCUGUUUACACCGACAUAUCAGUGAAGCUGUUAAUGGACGUGAAAUACUCCGACGUGAUCAAACUAAUGGCGUGCUCGCCCAACCUCAUCGCUGCACUGUUCCAAGGUAGGGAAUCCAAUCGAAUUGCAGUGUGCCGGCCAGGAGGCUCCAUGCGGUCAGUUGCAGGGGACCUGUCUUUGUGGAUUACUGACAUGGCUUUCUACCAAGGGAAGCUCUACGUUGUUGACUAUCAUGAGGACCUCUUGGCUCUGGACAUCAGCGUGGAUGACAAUACUGGUGAUCCACGGGUUGCUCGGAUUGGACGGGUCAUCAAUGUCAGUCACUUUGAUGAUCAGCGGACCUUGUUGAGGAUGCUCUACCUGGUUGAGUCGUGUGGCUCAUUGCUGCCGGUGCGUAGAAGGAUUUUCCAUAUGCAUGUUCAUGGCGAAGAACAAAUACACACUUUUGCUGGACAGUGUGAGCCUGACCUUUCGAUAUUCGAGGCAGACUUUGCGCGAUCACAGUGGGCCAAGGUGACGACCCUCGCUGACAAUCAGGCACUGUUUCUAGGGCCAUGCUCCAGGGCUGUUUGCAUGCCUCAGGGUGACUCACCGGGCAAUCGCAUGUGGUUCUUGGAUGACUACAAGGACUUUCACCGUUGGAAUGAGUGGCCUAGCAGCUUGAGUGAUACCAGCAGCGUGGCAAACCCCGAGCCGUUCUCGCCUCUGCCAAUGAUCUCGUGGAAGGACUACCUUGGAAAUGCAGGUGCUGCAUGGCUCUUCCCUUCAAACUGA